AUGUGGAUUUAAAAUUCCACUUUCAUUAGAGGUAUGUCUAGAGAAUAAGGCGGUGCAAUGCUCGUUAAAAAUACGAACUUAAACGUCAGGUUUUCAAAUUUUAUUUAAAACUAUGCAAAAGAUGGUGGCGCAAUAGCUUUAAUUUGCUCUCCAUCAAUUACGUGUAAAUAUGAUGUCGAUUCUAAUGAAUUCAAUUCUAAUUAUGCUACCACUAAGGGUGGAGCAAUAUACUACAACAAACAUAGACCUUAGAUAUUCUAAAAUAAUGUCUUUAAAAGUGGUAAUUAUGCUCCUUACGGCCCGGAAUUGGCUGGUUACCCUUAUAGUGUAAUUGUUAAAGCUUACGAUAAUAUUCCACUGGCAAGUGGCUAAGCAUAUUAAGGAUUAAUAAAAGUUGGAAUAAUUGAUGCUGACGUUCUAUACGCAUUAGUGCAACUGAUUAAAAUACUAAAAUUUCUGGAGAAUAUCAAAUUUAAGUUGAAAAUGGGAUAGGAAUCUUUUAGGUAGGAAUGCUCAAAUUUUACUCUAUGCCAGGAAGCAUGA